AACUGUUUGACUUAAUGGAGGACACUUCUAGCGACUGUCAACUAUAUUUCAUAGACAACACAAGCAAAGACGACCCUGCUAUCCAGCGAAUCAGGGACGGGAUAGUGAAACUGGCACCAUGUCAACAAAAUUGGAACAGGCCGAUACCAGCUACUUGGGUGAGCCUCGAUAUGGAUCUACGAAUGCUGAAACAACAGAAUCAAUACAUCAUCAAAUUUUCUGAAGUCAGAGAUAUUGACAAAAGGAACGAAGUUUCCGUUGGUGACUCAGGGGAACUAAAAUGCUGUUUGAGAUACAUGCAUUUGACGGGAAACAUUCUGUUUUUUGAAAAUGAAGCAGAGGGUGAUGAUGAUCAGGAACCUUUCGUAGUCACACAUCCUCAAUGGAUAGUUGAUGCACUUCGUUGUAUUAUCAAAGCAAUUAGAUUUAUAGACACGCACGAAGAUGAUAGUACAAAUCUACAUAUCAGACAAUUUCAUAAAUCUGGCAUUCUGACUUUGGGAUUACUGGAAAGGCUCUGGGGAAGAUACCGGGACCAUCAAGAUAUUCUUAUUGAGAUUAUGCAGCGCUUGCAUCUGCUGGUUGCCGUGACAGAGAAGACAGAGAAUCGUACAUGGAUAGUUCCAAGUUUGCUUCCGCCGAGAGAUGCUGCACUCUUCAUGGACGUACUAUCCCAUCAACAUGCAGUUGCAUCUAAAACCUUGUGCUUUGUAUUCAAAUCAAAACUCCCUCCUGCAAUCUAUGACAAACUGUUAGCGGUAUGUCUUUCAUCAGGCCUUAAAUCUAAAAAGAAUAAAGAAAAACAAAAUCUUGUGCAAAGAGGAUCUGCAUGUUUUAUGAUAAGCCGAGCGUGCGAUCUUUUAAUGAGCUGUACCGGAGCCGUUGUUAGCUGUACUCUUAUCAACAAGAACGGCGAGACAGAUUUCACAAGGAAACGUUCAUUUGUACGAUCAUUAUUAAGCGAUAUUUUAAAACAGAUUUUUACGCAGUUUCAGCACGGGAACCUCGUAUAUGAACUGUGUUUACAUUGUAAACACGAAAUUUGCAGCGAUACCUGUCCGGUUCCGUUGUCGGACAUCAGAAGGGAAAAGCGAGUGCUUUGCUGCGAAAGCGAAAGCUCGUCGGAUGAUACACAUUGGCUCCAAAGUUCGGAAGCAGAGUCUUGGAUGGAACCGACAAAAACCAAAUGGAAAUCGGGCACGGAUUACAGACUCCCUGAUGAUAUCCUCGAUUCACAACCCACUGAAAACAUGCUGGCUUUUUUAAGCCACCAUUACAUCCCUGCGGAGUGUGAACUUUUUUUCAUUUUCCUUGGAUUAAAUUCGUCUACCAUAAAAUCACAUAAAGCAUCGAACACUGGUGUAGCGAAAAUCAUUUUUGACCUCCUCCUGACCUGGAGCAAACUUGAAGAUGCUACUAUCAGGGGAAUUCUUCAAGGAAUGAAGGAGGUGGAUCUUGAUUACAUGAAUGCUGCGAAUGCCCUUCGUGAAAGAUACUGUAAAGGACUAUGAACCCGAUGUCACACUAUUCGAAUUAUUUGAUCGGUUUAAUAGUGGUCAGUAGAUUUGGUGUUGUGUACUUUAGGGUUAAAGUUGACUCAAGUAUUUGACAUUACGUCUUAUGGCAAUGCGCUUCAAAUUACAUGAAACAAAUCAGAUACUGUAUCUGACUAGAAAGUGUCCAUUAUAUGCUCGUGAAGAGUUCGGACAUUUGUAUGUGUAGGUUAGCUAAUUCAGACUAAUAAGACUAAUAAGAUCGUGUAACAGGAAAAGAACAACAAAUCCUCGUGUUAUAUCUGUAGUUUGCUAUCUGUUCGAUUUGUGUCAUUCACAUUUACAAUUCAGAACAAAAAACCAUACCUUUUAUCAAUAUCAACACACGAACCGAGGAAGGUAUAAUGUUAUUAGUCCCUUUACAGAUAAGGGUUGUAAACUCUUUCGUAGAGAUAUUAUAUUAAUUGAAUAACUAUAUAUUGUAAACACAAAUGUAUAGGUAUGUUGUGUUAAAAUCUACUUGUAUUGAGAGAUAUAUUUAUAGAUAUAUGUUACAUUUGAAUUACUUCUAUAUUGAUAGAUGAAAUAUUGGUGUAUUAACACAAAUACUGUAUUUAUAGAUAUGUAUUUACAAAUAUAUAGA